GUGUGGUUUAUCUUCAUUUGCGUCUGUUUGUUUUUGUUUUGCUGUUUUUCUAUCUUCUGCGCUACGGCUAUCUAAAGUAUUAGUGCGGUAGUGGAUUUAAAUGCCCUUUAACUAUUUAAAUGUAUAAUUAUGACAUCUACUCUAUUACGAACAAAAAAAGAAAUGAUUGAUAAUAAAUUUGCUGUAAUGAAAUUUGUAUCAAGACAUAAAUUGCUGUUUGCGUGCCUUAUAAUUGCUUGGAUUAUAGGCAUGAUAUUCACAGUUUUUCUCAUAAAUAGAAGUGGACGCACAAAAAUGAAAGUACAAAGAAUGUCUUCUCAUCCAUUGAUUCACCCGCUACAGCAUAACAGGUUGCCACCUUCUUCUAGUUUCAAAAUGGUGAAAGCUCUGCGUUAUUGUAAUCCACCUAAUGAUAUAAUUCCUGGACAAGAAGGUAAAUCUCCUGUUAAUGGCUCACUUGAGUUAGUCGCUGUCAUUGUUCGCCAUGGGGAUCGAGCUCCCCUUCGACCAAUAAGAAACCAGUCAAUUAUCAAUUGCGGUACUCAAAAUAGUCCUAUUCUUCUGAAGUACCUGAAAACUUUAAAACAUUUAAGAGGAUCAGCAAAACAUUUAUUUCCUUUCACAACAUUCCCUUUACAUCCUGGUGAGAAGCACUGCACAUCUGCACAAAUGACGUUGCUAGGUGCUCAUCAGCACUUAAUGGUUGGUCAAGUACUUAAGAAGGCUUACAUUGAAGAUCAUGGCUUACUUGGCAAAAAUUGGUCUUCUGAUGAUAUAAAACUCUACAGUACAAUAUAUUCUCGAACUUACCAAAGUGCUGUAGCUUUUUUGUUUGGAUUUUUGCCAAGUUUUAACAUAUCUAAUAUUAAAAUCAUACCAUCAGCUGACACCAGAUUCUGUAUGACUGAUUACUAUUGCAACUGUCCUCUGGCAGCACAGUUGGAAUCCCAGACAAAUAAAAAAUUGAAACGCUUGUUGCAGUCUCAUCCUGCUGUACUUAAUCUUUUGGGAAGGUUGAGCCCUAUUGUCAAAUACCAUCCAAAUCAUUCUGAUAUCUUGGAUCCUUUUGAAAUGUUUGAUAGUUUGAUGGGCUAUGUUUGCCAUGGCUCUCAUUUGCCAUGUAUUCCUGGAACAAACAAGUGUGUUACAUUUGAGCAUGUGCGAAAUUUAAUUGCAUUCCUAGAUUGGGAGGGCCGUCAGUUUAUAAGAGAUAGCUCAAAUGUCAAAGCAGCUAUGUUAAAUAUGCAAGGCUUCUUUAUCCAUCUGUUAUCUAGCAUGAAAAGUUACAUAAACAAGAAAGACCGAGCACGUUUCAUGCUUUAUUCUGGUCAUGACGUAACUCUUGAACCUCUUUCAACAGCACUUGGUAUAAAUGAUGGGAAUAUGAUUCCUUAUGCCUCCAGAAUUGUGUUUGAACUUUAUAGUCAUACCGUAAAUAGUAAACUAAAUUAUGUCUUGAAAAUUUUAUUCAAUGGGAAAGAUGUGACUAAAUAUACAAGUUUCUGUAAACCAUACUUUAAAGAUUCCUCCAGAAAAUUGCCUCGUUCUUCAGAGUAUGGAAUGUGCCCAUUUGAAAGUUUUAGGAAGUAUGUUGAAGAUUUCAUCUUAGCAAUGAGUGCUUCCUCGUUUCAAGCAGCCUGCAAUGUUGCACAAGCUACUUCUAAUCCCUUUGAUGUUAGAUAUGGUUCCUAUGUUGACGAAUCUUAUAAACCUGAUUGAAAAUUCUAUGCAUUUCGAAAUAGUUAAGUGUCGUAUUAGGUUGUUCCAUAUGAAAUGAAUUUUCAAUACACAUUUUUUUAAAACAUCGCAAAAACAAAAUUUAUUGAACACACUGCAUCAAAACUUAUUCCAUCUAUCUAAAUGUACUUUUGCCCUGAUUACAAAGUAAUAAGUCAGUUUCACAUACGCCUUUGAUUUUGCACCAAUGAGCUGAAAAUUAGCUGUUUUGACAGUUUUUUUUUUUUUAACAUAACGUUUGAACUCACAUGGUUAAAGAUUACUAACCAAUAGAGAAUGUGGUGAUUGAGGCAGAAACUCAAACUUUAAUUUUAUUUAGCUUUUUUUUUAUUUUAUGACCUACAAAAAAUGAUAUUCUGCAUUUCUUGGUUAAAAAUAAAAAUUUUUCUGCUUCACAAAUGACAAUUAUUUUCACAACUUCAAUUGCUGGGCAUUAAUUACACGAUUACUUUCUUAGAUGAUAUGAUGGAAAUGAAUAAAUAUACAAAUAAUUAAAAGUCCAUUUUAUAUGUUACAACCUUAUAUUUGUACAAGUGUUCAAACUGUGUUCAUCUCUAUUUGGUAAUUGAAAGCUAUGGGCAGCUACUUAAUAUUUAAAAUGCUAAAAAAGAGUGUUUUUUGGCACCUUUAUUCAAAUUUUUCUUGUUAUGUGCAUUUAUACAUAUUGUUGUAGUUUGAAUAUAACCUCUUUUAGAGAUUCACAUAUGCGUACUAAAUUUAGUAUUUUUUCUUGUCAAAUUUUAUCACAUAUAUUAUUUAAAAUAGAUUUUUAUAAUGUAUAAAACACCAUCUUGAAAGUUUUUCCCUUCUAAAUUUUUAUAUUACUUUUAAUAUCUUCAAAAGAAUUGUCUGUGUAAAACUGUAUGUAAUGAAACUAUAUGUAUUAUCCUCUAUGAAUGAGGUUACGAAUUUCAAAGAUAUGAUUGUCAGAAUGUUUUAAACUUAGACUAGAGUCAUGGGUCCCUUUCAGAGAGAAAAAGGUUAUUACUUUCACCAUAUUUGCCUAAGGAAAAUAAUGUAUCCAGAAUAUCCUUAUUUAUUCAGUAACUAACUAAUAUUUUUGAAUAAUUUUUGUUUUAUUUGAUCCAUUAAAACAUGUUCUAUUGCACUUAAAACUUUACUUUAAUAAAAGCUCUGAAAAUACUUAACACCUUAAAAUUUAAAAUAAUGUAGUUAAGUUCAAUAGAACAUAUUUCAAUGACUAAAAUUAUUCAAAAUAUAAAUUAGUUUUUUUAAUAAAUAAGGAAAUUCCAGAUGUAUUUUUUUUCUGUAGAUUAACAUGGUUUAAGUAAAAUUCUUUUUCUCCCUGAAGGGGACCACUAAAUAUAAUUUUUAGUGACAUGGAAAUAAUGACUUAAUUAUUUUAUUGAUUUUAUUGUACCUGCAAAAUAUAAAAAUAUGUAGUAUGUAAAACUAUUUUACACUAUACUUAAUUGUUAAAGUUUAAUACUCUUUAAUUAAGAAAACUUUUCAACGGAAAUGUUACAGUAAAAAAUUCUCUCUUGUUUCAAUAAGUAACGUUUUGCCCUGUUGAGCACAUAUUUUAGUUUAAGGAAGUGCUCAAUGGCAGUUUUGAAAAUAUUGAGAUUUUUUGUGUGAAAAAAUCUUAUUUAAUUAUAUGAUUUGUUUCGACAAAUUUAAAUUUUGGAGAUCUCAGUGGAUAAAGGUACUGACUGAUAGUUAAAGUGUUUUUGGAGUUGAACAAUUUCUUCUCAUUCCAAUAAAAAAUUUUUGUUCCGUUGAUCACAUAUUUCAAGAGCUUUGUGGAAGAAGAUUAUCAGUGGCAGUUUGAAAAUAAUUGAGGUUUUUUUUGUGGAAAAAUCUUAUUAGUUUUAUUUAAUUUUAUUUAAUUACAUGAUUUAUUAUAACAUGUUUAAAUUUAAGAAUUGCAGUAAAUUCAAAAGUAACAGCUAUUUUUCUUCAAGAGUUGAAGAUUUUAGCUGCAAUCGGCAGCUAGAAUCUUCUUUAUUUAAUAAUUCAUAUAAUAAUUUUUUUAUAAUUAGUAUAGUAUUUUCUCAUCAUUAUAUUCUUUUCUCUGUGUUUAACUUAUAUGUAUUUUUAUAUAGGAUUUAAAAAAAAAUUAAAACCAAUUCUUGGAUUACUACAUUUCUGUAUUCAAUUGAAUCCGAGCAAAUUGUUUUAAUAUGUUUAAUGAAAGUUUUAAAAAAUCAUUAGUUUAGAUUAAUGUUUUUAUAUAUUAGUCACAGUUCCAAAUAAUAAUUCUUAAUUUAAUUAUUAAAGAAAAUAUUAAUUAAUAUAGAAAAUAGUAGAUUUAAUAAGUAUUCUGUUUCUGGCUAUUGCUUUGUAUUGACAUGAUAAUUAUUAAAUGUUAAUCUGUUAGAGAACAUGAUGAAAUUUUUUCCCUAUUCCCAGAAUUAUUAGUUAGUCUUAUUAUGAAUGCUUUUUUGAAAUUUACUUUUGAUCUACAACUUAUCUGCAUUCCCUUUCCUACUCAAUAAAUAUUUAUACUUUAGAAUAAUUUUGAUUACUUUUAGGAGUUAUUAUAACUGUUGCUGAUAGUUAAUAUUUAGUGUUUAUCACUUAAUAAGUUGUUUAUCUAGUUUUAUAAUA